UUUUCUGGGCCGCUGUCUAUUAUACGGUAUACGAAAACCGAAAACAGCUGUAGUGCAGCCCGUAACUACGUGUCGCGGAGUGGUGAUGUACGUUCGCUUCGCCGUUGUUCGGUAAUAGGUAGCCAUUUGUUGGCUUUUCGGUAUUCUUUAUAGAUUUUCAGGAAAACCCUGUAUCUUACGUCGUCCGUGAUACUGUUUGGUCCUUUAUGUGACAUUUUACUCACAAGUCAUCAAUAGGCCGAUAAAUAAAUAACACAUUGGACUCUAGGAAGUAGCAGUAUUUUGUUUCAAUUACUUAAUUGCUGGGAGCAAGAGCAAUCAGCUUUAGGUCUACGAAAGUAUUAAAUCAAAAUCCCCCGCGGAAACAAAGACGAUGACGAGUCGAAGAUGGAAAGUAUCAGCCGGCUGACGUUUGCCGGACUGCCGUCGCUCAUCAAGGAGUGCCAACGGCCCUACCAAUUGCCAUGGCUGAUCGCUAUUGCCAUUUUGACGUUAAUCACAACAGCGUCAUCGCACACCCGUCACGGUGCCGUUCUGAACGCACCCACCAACUGUAUCUACGUCAAAUCUUCGUAUUUGCGAUGCGAGGACCGGGUGGGAGAAGGUUUGACGCUGCCAGGGGACGUGACCCAUUUGGAAUUAAAAAACGUCAGUCAGGCCAGGAUAGAUGUAAAAUUCGUGAGGUAUCUACAGUGGACACAAAGUUCCUUAAAAGACAUAAAGCAAUGCCUGAUCAAUCCAGAAAACCUAAAAACUGUAGAUUUAAGCCAAAACAGCGUAAACGAAUUACAAAACUAUCAGUUCAACAAUUUCCAAAACCUUCUACACUUAAAUCUCUCCUACAACCAAAUCGGUGAUAUACCCAGAUACGUCUUCAAAGAUCAAAAGCUUAAAACGUUAAGUCUUAGUCAUAAUCAGUUACAGGCAUUACCAUUUCAGGUCUUUGCUACGGAACACAUGACUGAACUAGAUUUAAGUUACAACGCCUUAGCGACUUUCCUAGACCACUUUUUCAAAUUUAAUAAAUUAAUCGAAAUCCUUUUAUUAAAUAACAACCGCAUCAAUAAGCUAACUUCCAACGCUCUUGCCGACCUUACAGAACUGAAAAAGCUAGAUUUAAGCCACAAUUUAUUGCAACAUGUUGCAAAAGGUUUGUUCGAUUCUCUAAAUAAACUUGAAUACUUAAACUUGGCGGAGAACCCACUUAGUAAUUUAGCUAGUGGAACAUUCAGAGGCUUAAGACAUCUUAAAGAGCUAAACUUAAGCGGAAACAAGUUCACUCAGCUUACGUUCGGAUUGAUGCAUUUCAGUCCUAAUUUAUUGUCGCUAAAGCUAGAUGAUACAGAAAUAGAAGAAAUUCAUAAUUCGGAAUUACUGGGAGUGCCGUCCCUGCAAAAUCUGUCUAUGAAAAAUAAUAAAAGACUGAAAGAAAUUGAGAAUUUUGUUCUUGCUGAUACUCCACUGUUAAAAAUGUUGGAUAUCAGUGGAAAUUCAUUAAUAUUUUUGCCAAAAAGUAUUGUUAAUCUGACAAGCCUGACCUACUUAAAUAUCUCAAACAAUCCUUGGGCAUGUGAUUGUCGCAUGUUCUGGUUCGCGGACUGGGCAGAGUCUAAACGAAAUGUCACAAUGUCGGAACUAACCUGCGGACCAGAUGCUUAUCCAAAUGACAUGUUGCCAACUCUGCAUCAUCUAAACUGCACAAAACCUCAAAUUAUUUAUAAAUCGCCAACAAGAUUGUAUAGGCUUAAGGCAGAUGCUCUUUUGGAAUGUAGAUAUUCUGCAUACCCACCUCCCUCCAUUACAUGGAUCACUCCAAAAAGGGAAGUGUUUCAUUGGAACCCUGAUACAGGAAUUCCAGAUGUAUUUAAAAAACACCCUCAUGCGCAUGACACAUUGAUGACUCCUUUGCGGAUUAUUCCUCCAAGAAUACAGGUCUUGGACAAUGGAACUCUUUGGAUCCGCAACGUUACCCGGAGCGAUUGCGGCCGCUACUACUGCUACGCAAAUAACCCCGUGGCAAAUCAUACGGAGGAUGUGUUGUUACAUAUCGAUCCAACUGACUGGAAUCAGAUUAGGAUUUUUAGCCUUAUUGUGGGAAUUGAGAGUGCUGGCGGGUUUCUUGGAUUAACGCUUAUCGUCCAGUUUCUACGAUACAUACUUAAACGAUUCGGCAUUCUAAACAACUUCUGCAGCUUCUGUAAAAGAGACCGAGUUUCUCCGAGAGCUCGACAGAUUUACACUAUGCUGGAUAAUAUUGAGCAGUAUAAAUCUCAGCAAUUAGAGAGGUUGCGUGAAAAUUAUACUCAACAGGUCAAUAGAAUCAAAGAGAACUGCGCACAGCAAAUGGAAUGGAUCCAAAAUAGUUAUCAGUCACAGACUAAACAUCUUAAAGAUUUUAGGGACAUCGGGACGCAACAUUUAACUACGUUAAGAGGACAAUAUUGUGAUCAGGUUCGCAAAGUUCGAGACUACUCGACCACGCAACUCAACUGGGUACGCGAAAACUACGUCUUCCAGCGCAAUAAAAUCCGCAAAUUUAGCGCGCACAAGGUGCUACAGCUGCGCGAAAGUUAUAAAUACCAACAGCAAACGCUCAACAAAGUUCUGGAAAAUCUACCAAGUCUCUAUUUCGAAAAUUGUCGAGCUGGAACCUGCGGGCACGCAGAAAGUCUCGUCUUCGAUCCAAGUGAUAUGGAAAGCGUCGAUUUCUACAUAAAAGCAAAAAUACAGGAAUUACAAAAGAAAGAAGGAUCCGAUUUGAAUCAAAGCAAAUUAUCGCUUUACUACACACCAACUGAGCGUUCGAUCGGCUCCAAAGGUUUAUCUCCAGUAGAAGAUGUGUUAGCAGGGGUUCAUAUAAACUACAUAGAAAGGCCAAAUAUGAUACUAGAGGGGCCUUCUACAUCUAAAGCAGCAUAUAUCAACCCGGAGAGUCCACGGAUUGAAAUAAUUAGUGAUUUAGUGACGGACGACGGGAAGGGUGAUUUGUUAUCAGUAGUGUCUAAUAAUAGCUUACAAGAAUUGCAACCAGGAACAAGUGGCGAUACGGAUUUUAACGAUUGUGAUAGUGGAAGAAUACAUCACGAGACUUCCUUGUAAAAUUUUUGUAUGGGAUAACACAAAAAAAACUUUUAAGAAAACUAAUAAAAAAAGAUAAUGAUUUAGUAGCACUUUGUUCGCUUACGAAAAUUAAUCUUUUGCUACUUCCAAAAUAAAUUACGAAGAGGUCAAUUAUCCUCUCAAUUCUUUAAUAACAAGUUAUCCUAUCUAGCUUUGCACCAAAUCAUAGAGGAUGAUAUUACUCUUGAAUAACCUUUUCAAAAUCAGUAAAUCUCUAGAAAAUAAUCUCAAGAAUAAUGCAUAUUACCUAAUUAAACAGCAAAUAUUUAAAUAAAAAAAUUCUCGACUGGAUUUAAACGAAGAAAUGUAAUUUAAUCUGCGAGAUUAAUACAGAUCAGAUGAUAGAGAUCUAUUAGAUACAUAACAGAUUUCUUGUAAAAAGACUGAUACAAUAUAAAAAGUGAGUUUUCAGUUAGCAACAUAAAGUUUAGUAUAGUUAAUAGUGUUGGUAGUUAGAUUUUUAGUAAGUAAUAAUAAUUUUUAAUUCAAUUGUACUUUCUUUCAUCCGAAGGAUCAGUGUCGCGAAGAUGAAAAAAUAAUCAUUGAGACUUUUUUAAAUCCUUAGAUUACAUUGCCACGCAUCUUCUAAUUUCUUUUAAUGAUGCAUUUAAAAAUACCUUUAGGGUGUAGAAAAAUAACAUAUUGUAGCAUCUUAAGUGUAACAUUUCUUAAUUUUUGGUAUGGGUACAAGACAAAAUAUUGUUAAAAAAAUAUAUUUUUCUGAGAAAAGCCCUUAUCUAUUGUUAAUCUAUUAUGUGGAGGUGAUUGUUCUCUGUAUUUUGGGUAGCGAUUUCAUGCUGCUUAUAAAUGCAAAUAUAAAUGUAGUGAUUA